AGUCGAAAGACCUGGUUACGCGAUGAUGCUCGUAUUCAAUGAUAAACCUACUCAAUCCAGACGGCAGGAUAAGGUCCUGUCUUUAGGUGUAAGCGGAGAUUAGGUCACCUGAUCUUCGUGUGAUCCUUGCGACUCUGUGUACACAGUAGGCAAGAUUUGGGAUCAGAUAUCUCCAACAGAUCGGUGUCUUCCAUAUCUAUGGCUGCUAACCUACAUCCCUCUGAUUGCGACUUUAUGCGUUCCAAUAGUCGACAGCUAGGACAGCCUAUGGGUAUGUUCACUGACCAACCCUUUAAACCAGCGUCAAGUAGGGUGCCUCCUAAGCUCUAUCCAGGCGAAUCCGGGGAGCCAUCGCGUUGCGCCUUAGGUGCCACAUCUCUCGUCAUAGAGCCUUUCUCCGAGCGGACUUUCAUCCGUUGCGCACUCAGAAUCCAUCCUGCAGCCUAGGAUGCAAUACAUGCUGGCUGAUGUAUUGCAUGGAGCCGGGCAUUACAGACGG